GUGGCCAACCUGCUCCGCGCAAAGUAUGGUAGCCGAGAGCGCGAUACGCGGAGGGUACGCCACCGCUGGUUAUGUUCGCGACGUUUGCCAAAUUAAAUGUUCCAUGGACGACAAAUUGCGCGUCUGAGAGGCCGGAUGAGAAGGCGUCGCCCGGGCCAGGCCCCGCUCCGACACGUACGGCGAAUUCGGCGCAGCCCUCGGGUUGAAUUCUUAUUAUCAGUUCUCACAGACUCGGUGGCUUUGUUAGAGAUCGAACGAGAUAUAGAUCGGCAUUUGGUUAUACAUCCUUUGGUCUAAUUUCCUGAUGUAAAAGCCCAAUAUCGAGCUACACUAAUAACAUAUAUUGAAUGGACAAUAAUAUAAUCAGGAUCUAUAUAUAUAUUAAAAAUGACCAUGAUAUUUAAUUUUCUGAAGAGAAUCUUAGGAUGGGCGGAUGAAGGUUCUAAGAAACGGAAAGCUUCCGAGGACCGCAACUUUGAAGGAGAAUAUAUAACACCCAAGAAAUUUAAAUCCAAUUGUAACAUGGCACAUACAAGGGAGCCGCGUUAUGUUACCGUUGAUGAUAGCGACGAUGACGAUAUCACGUUUCUCGGCGAGCAGAAAUGCUCGCCGAUAAAAUCGUGCGCACAGUUGAACGGUACUCAUAAGAAACAGCCGCAACAUUACGAUAUACGCGAAGUUAUGUAUUCCAGUUGUAAGUGUACCUGUUCUCCCCUGCAUCACAGUAAAUCGCCUAAGGAGUUUAUUUGCCAUCACAAACACAGGAUGCCGGACACCUGUCACAAGUCUCCCACAUUAUCCAAAACUAAUCAACUGAAGGAGAAAUAUCAGUAUGAAGAAAUGUUGCAAAAACUGCUUCCAGAAAAUAAAAUACAGGUAUUCGAUAAACGUACGGAAUACACACCGAGGCGUAAACCCAUAGAAGUAAUUGACUUAGAAAAGCAGUCGGAAAUACUAAUACGCAACAACAAGAAUCAUUCAUCUGUCGCUAAUAUACCUAAGACGAUGACACCGUCAUACCAUAGAAGCAGCAUGUCAAACUGUGCUAGAAUAGACAAAGAAAUAGUUCCUACUUCAAACUAUAGGAUUGACAAGGAUGUCAUGGCAUAUCUGCAGUCCAAUAAAAUAAUUCCAAUUGAUAAACCCAGUACCAGUGGUGCAGUGAGACGUGCUCCUGCGUCAAGGUUACCUAUUAAGGUUGCCGCGACUAAUUCGUUGCGCGACGAGCUGGCCGCGAAAGCUAUCAUGAGGCAAGAUUACAUCCCGCAAGUUAAUAAGAAGUUCGACGAGCGUAUUGAACAACGGAACCGAGAGGCCGAAGAACUGAAGAAGAUGACAUGCGUCCUGUCGAAGCACAACAGAUACGUGCGAGCAGCAGCCCUGGAAGAACAGCUGGCGCGUUCUAUGAAAUUAUGCAUGACCGUUAUAGAAGACCGGGAAGAGCCAGAGGAACCGGCGUUGCCGACGUUAACCGACGUGAUGUUGCGAGAAGUGAGAAGCGCGAUCGCGCCAGGACCUUCGGGCGAGGUUCUUGCAGAAGGUUUCGGUCUGAGAAUCACCCGAAAGGAUCUUCACACGCUCGCCGACUUGAAUUGGCUGAACGACGAAGUUAUUAACUUUUAUAUGAAUCUGCUGAUCGCCAGAGGCACAUCUUCGGAUAACUAUCCAAAAGUACACGCGAUGAACACGUUCUUCUAUCCAAAACUUCUGUCGGGCGGUCACUCGUCGCUAAAGCGAUGGACCAGGAAGGUAGACAUAUUUGCGCAAGAUCUUAUGGUUGUGCCUGUACAUUUGGACAUUCAUUGGUGUAUGUCAAUAGUAGAUUUCAGGAAUAAAACUAUUGUUUAUUACGAUAGUAUGGGCAGCAACAAUCCAAAAUGUCUGGCGGCGUUAAAACAAUAUUUACAAGAUGAGAGUUUAGACAAAAAGAAACAACCUUAUAACAUGAAUGACUGGAAAUUGAAGCCCGCCAAGAACAUUCCGCAACAAAUGAACGGCAGCGAUUGUGGCGUAUUCUCUUGCAUGUUCGCCGAAUACGUCUGUGCGAACAAAAAGAUAACGUUCACGCAGGAGGACAUGCCGUAUUUUAGAAACAAAAUGGUUUAUGAGAUACUGAAGGGUAAACUUUUGUAAGCGUCAUUAUUGCUUCGACAAGAUCGAAAAUGGUAAAUGCUAUUGAGAAACUUCAGAUUAACGAUAUGAAACUGUACUGCAAUAAAACUUGAACAGCUUAAUUUAUUGAAGAAUUGUUUGGAAAUAACACAUCAUAAUUCUGUACUACUAUUCUUAAAAAGAGAAAAGAAUAGAGAAAGAAAGAGAAAGUUUUAACCCCUUUCUGUAAUCUGUGCUUUGUCAUUAAAAAAAGAAACGAAAAAUCUCGUAUCUCUAUUUCUUAAGAGCACAUUUCUGUUUUAAAACACGACGUGGAGAAUGAGAGAGAGAUAUAUAUGUUUAUCUUGUAUAAUAAUUAUAAUUCGGUUAU